AUGUUGGCUAAGGUCCUGUCCUUGUUGUUUCUAGCUGGCCUUUCGUCAGCCGGCUGUCCAACAAAUUUCAAAAGCGCUUCCUCCCGUUGCGAACUGAAUUUUGGUCUGGAACUGCCGGCAGAAGAGGCCAAGACAAUCUGCAUCAAGAUUGGUGCCAAGCUGGUCGGGUCAGAUCAAGCUAAAAAGAAAGUAGCGGUUGUCUGCGAGACGGCGGAGGUCAACGAGAAAGAGACCCAAAAGCCCAAGACGCCAGCGCCAGUGUUUUUCUGCCAGCCAUGCCCAUGUAAUGGAACAGCGAACAUGCCGGCGAAAACGGACCACACCCCCGCUCCCGGCCCGAAACCAACGAAAGUGACGACAACUACAACCACGACGACCACUACAACUCCGGGCGUAAGGAACAAAUGCCCGGAAGGGGAUGGUUGGAAACAGUGGACAGGUCCGAACAGUUGCUACAAGGUGCUGAAAGGCAAAAGCUACUGGGAUGUCGAAGCCGAGUGCUCCAACAAGUACGACGGUCACCUGGCCAAAAUCACGGAUGAUAGCGAGAUGCAAAUCAUUUCCACACAUGUCAUGGCCAAGGAAAGCCCGGGUCACAACAUGUGGGUCGGGGCCGGAAAGGCGGUGCUGAACGGCUCCGUGUUGUCUCGGGUUUGGCUGAGCGACAGCUCCGCAAUGACGGGCACUUUCGAUGCACAGCUGGCGGUGGAAACCGAAGAUUGUUACGUGCUGCUGCCAGCCCGUACUUAUGCCCAGGUGGCGUGUUCCGCACUUUUUGAAGCAGUGUGCAAGACGCCAAUAGUCAACCCGGUUCUCGCAAACCCGAACUGCCCGGAUGGCUGGACGCCCUACAAAUAUACGCAAAAGUGUUACAAGGUCGAAUCGGAAGCCGCCAACAAAGCUGAUGCCGUGGAAAAAUGUCUGAAAGCCGGCGGGAACCUGACCUCUGUGACGUCGUACGGGGAGAAUGAGUUUGUGCUCGAUCUGGCUGGUACUGUCGGGAAAGUAUGGAUUGGAGCGAUCAGGGACGGUACUCAAUAUGUGUGGAUGGACAAGGAGCCAUUUAACGUUGCCUACUGGGCCAGAGGACAUAUAGCUGAAGCGGAACGGACUGGUGGAUGCGUUUUGUUGGUGAAUACAAAGACCGGCCCAGAGGCUCAUCGCUGGGUUGAUGCGGAUUGCGCGGCGGCCGGAGGAUUCCCGGUUUGCAAGAGAAACCCCAGC